AUGUCGUAUCCGCUGAGCGACACCACGAACAGAACCGCCCGAACGUCCUCGAAACACCCGAUCCACUUCCUCCGCUCCGUCCUCUGGCCCCCGACGUCGUACAUCCUGUGGAAACAUUUAACCAGGAAGAUGUACGACGUUGGGGGCCAGAGGACGGAGCGGAGGAAGUGGAUCGGGUGUUUCGAGGACGUUCGGGCGGUUCUGUUCGUGGUGUCGCUCAGCGGAUACGACAUGACGCUGGUGGAGGACCCCUCCACGACCUUAAAGGACCUGGACAGACCUAGUCAGACCUUUAAGGACCUGGUCAGACCUGGUUGGACCUGGAAAGACCCGGACAGACCUGCUCAGACCUGCUCAGACCUGGUCAGACCUGGUCAGACCUGGUCAGACCUGGACACAUCUGGACGGACCUGGACAGACCUUAAAGGACCUGGUCAGACCUGGUUAGACCUGGUCACACCUGGUUAG